GAAUAAUUCUUUCGGUUACAUUUGCUGAUUGGAUUGUAGCUAUAUUUAUUUGCUAACUGAAAGGUAAUAACCUAUACGGUACAAUCGGACGCAAAUGUACGUUUAAAAUUAGACAAAACGUAAACAAGUGAGAAAUAGUAAUAAGUAAAAUGAAGACAAAAUAUACUUUAUAAACUUGAAAUGUAAUAUCAACAAUGACGGAUUCAACUAGAACAAAUUUUUCAAAUGGAUUUGAAAUAGGAAUUGGAAAUGAUCAAGAAAAGUAUCUCACGCAAGAAGAAAGCAAGAGAGGUGUCCCAAGGCUUAGAGAAAUUAUGCGUAGACAAAGACGAGACUCUGAGUCCAAUCAAAAUGAUUCACCGAUAUUAGAUUUUCAUUAUAAUGAUGCUGAUACACUUGAAAACGAAUUAGCAGAGUUGUACAGCUAUUCUGAAGAACCUGAUUUUGAAUUAAAUGCUUUUGCAUUUCAAACUUUGCUGGAAACCUUUACAAAAGAUAAUUCCAUAGCCUGGGCACUAAUGCAAAAAUCACAAAAAAAGAACUUUAUUAACUAUGUCUUGGAGUUAAUGGAGGUUGUCAAUAUACAAGAACGAAGAAAGGCUUUACGCUGUCUCUUAUACAUUUGUCAAGGAGUAUUCAAAGAACAUGAGAGUUAUCAAGAAUAUAUGGAAAUGAUGAAAGAGAAUGUCCUUCUUCUUUUUAAUUGUGGCACAUUUUCAGCGGUUCAGGAGCUACUUGUAAUGGAAGCAGAGAAUACUGAAAGAGCUCAAGCUGCUCUACGAAAACCUUCAAUUACAAUAGCUGAUAGCAUUGAUAUGAGAGUGCCACUAAACAUACUUUACACAAUGUUAGAAGUUGUUCAGCAUUUUUCAAAGUAUGAUCUUAAAAUGCAAGAAGCCAGCUUAACGCUUAAAGAAGAACUAGCUGGUUCAUUGGAAGAUGUUAAUGAUCCUCCAUUUGCUUGCAUUUUAUUUGAUUUGGUUUUAAAGUUUUGUGCAGGAUCUAGCUCACAUUUUCCUAUCAAAAAAAUAUUGCUUUUGUUAUGGAAAGUUACUUUAUUUACGCUUGGCGGUUUUAAAGAUUUGAAAUCUUUAAUGAAGGAAUCUCGUAGAAAAGUGGGACUGAAAGCAACUUUUGGCAAAUACAAUGUAAACACGAUUGAAUUAGAAAAACAUCAUCAACUUAGACCAUCAUCUCCUUUAGACGAAAGUCGACACGAGAGAAAGCCUCGUAAAACUGUUGAUUUGGAUGAUGAUGAUAUUGAUUUUGUACCUGCACUUGUAACACAGUCGCAUCAUUAUAUAGAGUCAGCUCUUUUAUUGAGACCUAAAGUAAGAGAAAAAGAUGUUACAAUAUUUCUUGAAGCAUGUAGAAAGAAAUACAUUGGCUUCCAACUGCCAAGUGAUAGUGAUUCAACAUAUGGAUUACCUUCAUCUAUAAUUGAAGGAGUCGACGUUCUUAAAAGUCAUGUUUAUAAAUCACUGUCAGAGAUGCAAAUAAAGGCAGAAGAAAUGCAUAUUGAGAGACCUUUUAGUAUGGGAGUUCAUCAUCUUCCUGUGACCAAUGCUGAAAUUCUAUAUAAAUCUUUAUUACCAAAUCUCCCACAAUAUAUGAUUGCAUUAUUAAAAAUCUUACUUGCAUCAGCACCCACUGCAAAAGCAAAAACAGAAUCAAUUAAUAUACUGACAGACAUUCUCCCUCCAGAAAUGCCAACAACAGUAUUACAAUCAAUGCAACUAGGAAUAGAUGUAAAUAGACAUAAGGAAAUUAUGGUGAAGUCAAUAUCAAUAACAAUUUUGUUGAUUUUAAAACAUCUAAAAGUUAACCACAUAUAUCAGUUUGAAUUUGUCAGUCAACAUUUGGUGUUUGCCAACUGUAUACCAUUGGUUUUAAAGUUUUUUAAUCAGAAUAUUUCAGCAUAUGUUUCAGCAAAAAAUAGUAUUCCACAAUUAGAUUUUCCUGCUUGUGUUCUUUUUGAAAAAAGUGAAAUUACAGCAGAAAGCUUGGAACAUACAAUUGAAGGAAGUGAAUUUUGCUGGCGUAACUUAUUUUCAUGUGUCAAUUUAUUGAGAAUUCUUCAAAAGUUAACAAAAUGGAAAUAUUCUAGAACUAUGAUGUUAGUUGUAUUCAAGUCAGCACCCAUAUUAAAAAGGGCUUUAAAAAUUCGCGAAGAAAAUUUGCAGUUGUAUGUUUUAAAGUUGUUGAAAACUCAGAUUAAGUACUUGGGGCGUAAUUGGCGUAAAAGUAACAUGCGUAUUGUAUCUCUUAUCUAUCAUAAAAUACGUCAUAGGUUAAAUGAUGAUUGGGCAUUUGGAAAUGAUGUAGAUGCUCGACCAUGGGAUUUUCAAACAGAGGAAUGUGCAAUCCGGCAUAACGUAGAUCUUUUCAACUAUCGUCAUUAUGAGUCGAGUAGUGGACAUUAUCCUACCGAUCUUCAACCACUAGAUAACGAUCUCCAGAGUGCUUUAAAUACGCAAGUAAUUUUCAGUGGUAGAUUUAAAAAAGACAGUUCUUUAUGGUUACAUCGCGAAGUUUAUAGUACUCAAGUAGACUGGGACGAGUUAAUUAAUGAUAAGACGUAAAUUUAUGUUUCACUAAAUAUGAUUUAAUUUUAUAACUAUUGUUAAUUUUGUUUUUUAGUAAUUUUCUUUUUUUAGAAAAAAAAAUUUUAAGCAGAAAA